AUGCUCUCAAACACAGUAACGGCCGGCAUCUCCAAUACAUUCAUUCCUACGAGGGGUCCGUCGCAUAACGGCAAAUAUCCAUCCUAUCUCGACGACGAGGACAACACCACCAGACGACAACACCACCACCAACAUCGGGCGCCUGGGGCAACACCGAUCUCUGCGCAAAGAAGGCCCUUGUUCUCGUCCAGCCAAUUAUUCUACACUCCGCGAACUACAAAGCAUACGAUCGCGACUAAGGGAGGAUUUCUACACAAGAUCUUUGUUGUUGGUUCAAAGGCUGUCGUGUUCGUCAAGUCGGCUCGGCUUCACAUCCAGGGCGGAACAGCAACCGGAAGUUUUGGAGGCAUGGAUCAGCAGCGUGGGAGGUCCCCGUCCGCUGGACGCCAACAGCAUCAACAGCAUCAUACAACUCAGAAUCACUCGCCGUCGCCGCAACCUUUCCCGGGUAAUCCCUCGCUAGGACCCGGCUUUCAGACCCAACUCCAAGGCAACGACCAACGGUUCAUGAACAACAAUUUAAAUCCUAAUUCUGCAUACGCCAAUAACGAAUUCAUGAAUCAACAAACACAACCCUUCCCCCAGGGCCGCCUCGGCGAGUCGCCUUACAUCCCGGCCACGGACUUUAUGCAACAAUUCAAGCAGGAGGAGCAGUCAUCCCCGUACAAUCAACCGCAAUUGGGUAGCUUCACUCAGGACCUGAUGAAUGCCAGUUCGAGCUUCAAUGACGGUGACUUUUCCUUGUUCCCGGCAAAUCCAACCGAAUACGACCCCUCAUUCUUCCCAAACGACCCGGCUUCUGCCUCCAGAAAUCAAUCUGUGAACCCGUCGCAGAUUGAUAUGUCGUCCCCUCAGAAUGCGCCUACACCACCCAGCAAUCUAUUGCAACCCGAUUCGCACUCUCCCGGCUCCAUGCACAACUCUCCCAACAUGAAUGGAAAACAGUUUCAGUCGUCGCCAAAUCACUCUAGGCAUGCUUCACUGGGCCCAGAGAGCGCCGCAUUUCCUCAUGGACAGAACUUAGAAUGGAGUAUGAUGCCACCUCAGUUCACCACUCACAGAAGGACCCCAUCUGAAUACUCGGAUGUUUCUGUUCCUUCUGCUCACCAUUCUCCAAAUCUUGGUCACCACGAUAGCUUCGACCCGAUAGAUCCACGACAUUCGCCAAUGCAGAGAGCAGAGGAUAGCAUCUACGAAAAUGUGCUUGGAAUUGGAACUUUCUCUCUGACCGAUAAUCAUAUUCAACAUUCAGUAAGCCCGGGACAAGGGUUGAGUCCUGCCCACAGCCCUGCCAUCUCGCCUCGAGCUAUCCCUCAGACGCUGCCGUCUAUGGGCCAACCAAAUUCCAUGUAUUUGAUGAACAAUAACGUUUACGGUCAAAACAGCAUCUAUGAUCAAACUCAACAGGAAGCAUUUCCGCAAUUGCCAAAUGACAUGGGCCAAUGCCAACAGAUGGUACCAGAUAUUAACGUCGAGUUUGCGCCAGCCUCAAGACAAAACAGUUUCGAACCACCAAAACCAUCUCUGGAUCAAGACGCCUUGACCCCCCCUGAGAGAGGUCGCCGUCGUCGAGCAUUUACAGAUCCGAACAAGAAUGCUACGGGGGUGCCAAGACCCAGUGCACCUUCAAGUGUGUCACCUUCACUCGGAAAUGAAGUUGCAUCUUGCUCGUCGGAUUCUCGCUCGCUAUCACCAAAUGACCGGUCCGGGACAAACUCUCCGACCAAGCGUCGUCAGUCAACAUCUUCGCUUCCAAACCGAGACUACAUUCUUGGCCUAGCAGACCCUGAGUAUCAAGCAACAGCCGCUGAAAGUGGAAAUACAAAGCGUAUUCAAAAACACCCGGCUACAUUCCAGUGUACACUUUGCCCAAAACGCUUCACUCGGGCCUACAACCUACGGUCUCAUCUACGUACGCAUACCGAUGAACGGCCUUUCGUAUGCACAGUCUGUGGUAAAGCAUUUGCUCGGCAACAUGAUCGAAAACGACACGAGGGACUGCAUUCUGGGGAGAAGAAAUUUGUCUGUAAGGGAGAGCUCAAGCAAGGCGGCUCCUGGGGCUGUGGUCGUCGCUUCGCUCGCGCCGAUGCGUUGGGUCGGCACUUCCGUUCCGAAGCCGGUCGAAUCUGUAUCAAGCCUCUUCUGGACGAAGAAGCCAUCGAACGGCACCGAGUCUGGAACGAGCAAAGGAUGCAGAAUAUGCACAACAUGCAGCAGCCACAACCGUUGGGUCUCGAUCAAAACGGUUUCCCUAUAGACUCCAGCGGUAACUACGCCUUGCCUGCGGCGUUGUUGGCUCAAUACCCUGCCCUAGCAGGAUUGAGUUGGGACUCGGGACAAGGUGAUGCUGGACUUGACGAAGAUCCCAAUCGGAGGAGCAGUUUCGAUGCCUCCGGCUCAGAAUACUACGACGAAGAUAACGAAGGUGGCUAUGCAUCCGGACCCGGACCUCCACAGGGCUACGUCCAACCACAGAUGCACGACGGAUACAACGGUGGCUACAGUAGCGACAUUGGGGCCCGCUGA